AUGGUAUCUACACCUUACGUCGGCAGUGGCCCUUACUGCUACGCCAAUUCCUUCGCCAUGGUGCUCGGCGCCAAGGCGCCUUCUACCGCCGUCAUUGAGUUUGCAACCUCGUCUGCCUUUGGCAUGGAGAUUAUCAACGUUCCCAAAAAUCCCCUCAUUUUCUUCGAUCCAUAUGGCUGGGAUCCUCUCAAGAGCUUCGAUGAUGCCUUGGAGGCAAUGGGCUGGCGCUGCACCGAAAUAAUUGGCAAGGAUGCACAGGACGCCCUCAUUUCCCUCCAGGCGGCCGUAAAGAAGGGCCCUGUGUUUGUAGGCCCUGUCGAGAUGGGUCUUUUGAAGCAUCAGCCGAAUGCCCGCGGCGCUAUCGGUGCGGACCAUUACGUCGUGAUACUUGGCAUUGACAACAAUACCGUCGAGAUGCACGACCCGCAUGGUUUUCCGUAUGCUACUCUGCCGCUGCAGGAGUUCAUGGCAGCCUGGAAGACCGAAUCGCUUGGGUAUGGCAAAUCGUACACUAUGAGGGUCGAUUUUAAACAGGUCGAGGUCUUGAGUGAGGAGGAAGUUAUCCGGCGGUCUAUACCCAACGCUCUCAAGCACAUCAGCCUUCACGCUGCUGGCGUCGAUGAGAUGCCGCCAGGAUCGGCAGCGAAUGAAGCCGCAACAAAGUGGUUGUGCGACAGAAUUGAAGUUGGGUUGUCACCCGGGAUGCGUGCCCAUCUGGUCUACUUUGCGGUGCAAGUUGGAGCGCGACGGAGCAUUGAUGCUGCGACCUGUCUGUUGCGUGUGGGCUAUGAUGCAUGCGCCGCGGUCAUGGAUCAGAUUGCGCGUACUAUUGGAGCUCUCCAAUACCCUUUGACGCAAAAGCGCGAUGAAGACGCAAUCACUAUCUUGCAGAAGCUUGGUCCAAUGUAUGAGGAACUGCGGCGCGCUCUAGAGUCGGAAGUGCAGAGCAAAGUGGCAAAUUAG